UUGGGAUUUGAAACCGGAAUUAGUUGACGGUUAAACCAACGACAGAAUUCACCUGAUGACAAAGCAUUCGGCAGCAACUAAUUCACACAAAAUCAAGAAAACAAGGGAUUCAAUAUUUUAUGCAUGAAUCAGGAAGAAUUGAUGUCUUCGAUAUAGGUUUGAGAUCAAAUGAGCUGAGAUUUCUGUGGGCAAGCAAGUUGGAGCUGGUUCGAAUUGGGGCUUCCCUUUUUGUCUUUGUUUUUUUUUAAAAAAUUUAUCAUCAAAAGUAGCUUCCAACGGAUACUUUUGUGCAAGCCAUCAAAUAGAAUUCAGUGAAAGAAAUUACCAAAAGUUCUCUGAGAAUAAAAGGGUUGAGGAAAGGGAGGUGACAGUUUGAUGCAUAAAGUUGGUGUGAAUAAUCACAUGGUCAGCUCAAUUAGAUGAGGAUGUAUCUUAAUAAGAGAAUGGUUUUGGGUUGCCCGUGGUUCAUCAACAUGAUUCAGAGAAGGAAAUCUUAAGAGUGCUACAGAUUCUGUGGAAGUAACUUCAACCAAGAAUGGAGCUUGGUGAUGUACAUAAUCGAUCUCCCAGCAGUGGUGAUGGACACAAUAGGUCGCCCUUUGGUAGCGAUUUACACGAUAUUGAAAAUGGUCACACGGUCAAUAGAAGACUACAUACAAAUAGCGACAGCAGCCUAAAUCACGUGGACUACCAUAGCCUGUCAAAGAGAGAUACAGAGAACCCGGUUUUUGUUUCUGAUGUGGUGAAAACUUUGUUUCUAAUACUGGCCUGGUACGCAAUCAGUACAUUCUUGACACUGUACAAUAAGACGUUAUUGGGGGAUGAUUUGGGGAAAUUCCCUGCGCCACUGUUGAUGAACACCAUUCACUUUGUCAUGCAAGCAGCUCUCUCAACGGCCAUUACGUGGUUUUGGCCUGAAAGGUUUCACUCCUCUGUUAUGUCUUGGAGUGAUUAUUUUGCAAGAGUUGUACCAACAGCCCUCAGCACUGCAAUGGAUGUUAAUCUGAGCAAUGCAUCCCUGGUUUUCAUUUCCGUCACAUUUGCCACAAUGUGUAAAUCAGCAUCACCGAUAUUUCUCCUAGUUUUUGCCUUUGCUUUCAGAUUGGAGUCUCCAAGCGUGAAACUGUUUGGCAUAAUGUUUGUCAUUUCUGUUGGGAUACUAUUAACAGUUGCUAAGGAGACGGAAUUUGAUUUUUGGGGUUUUGUAUUUGUGAUGCUUGCUGCUGUCAUGUCAGGGUUCCGAUGGACAAUGACACAGAUUCUUCUCCAGAAAGAAUCAUAUGGCCUUAAAAAUCCUCUUACUUUGAUGAGCUACGUGACACCAAUUAUGGCAAUUGGAACUGGUCUGCUUUCUCUAUUGCUGGAUCCUUGGAAAGAUUUCAGAGAGAGCAAUUACUUUAACAGCUCAUGGAAUAUUGUCAAAAGUUGUUUGCUGAUGCUGUUUGGCGGAACACUGGCUUUUUUCAUGGUAUUGACGGAAUAUAUUCUCAUCUCAGUGACUAGUGCAGUAACAGUGACAGUAGCAGGGGUUGUGAAGGAAGCUGUGACUAUUUUGGUGGCUGUGUUCUAUUUUCAUGAUGAAUUCACAUGGUUGAAAGGGUAUGGCCUCACAACAAUCAUGUUUGGUGUCAGCUUAUUCAACUGGUACAAAUACCGGAAGUUGCACAAGAGCAAGAGGCAUGGUGGUUCGCAAACAGAUGGUUCGACAUCCAAGUAUACUAUCAUUGAGGACGUGGAUGAAGAAGAAAGUAGCCCUCUUACAAGCCCAAGUUCACAUUCUGACGAAUAAAUUCACGACUAAGCUAUAACACGUUUUCACAGCUGUGCCUAAUCUAAUCAAGUGCUAAGUUCCAUUUCGGCAGUAGGGUUUUACCUAAAUCGGAAGCUGGCAAUUGUGUCUGGCGACAGGUACUAGGAAAUGUGGGGUCAUUUAGAUUGUUGAAUUGAGUGAGCAUGUUUUGAUACCUAGGGAUCAUGUUUGGAUGCUCUGCGUUGUUCUUGUGUUUAGAAGCUGCUGACUAGUUUUGGCAACAUGGAUAGCUGGUUAAGUUGUUGAAAGGAUGGAUGAAACAAUGUGAGCACAACGGUUGCCAGUUUUGUCUAAGAUCAUCACUUUUCUUCA